AUGACUGAUAUCAUCACUAAAACCAUUGCUAAAGUAGCUGCAUUUCAGCAAAUGCAUGGUGCAAAUCCAAUUAGAGUAUUCAUUAAUGAUCAUAUGUAUAAUACUUUUACUAACAUUGCAGGGGCGAUUUUCAAUUUUGUGAAAGAUCAAUAUCUUUUAAAUAAAUGCCAGGAAGAAAUAAGAUUCAAAGCUCAAGUAAAAGAAUCAAAAACAUAUAUAGUUCUUGAAGAGAUUUUUCAAUUACAAAUACCUAAAAAUAUAAAAGAUAGUGUUGUCCUUGACUUCCUGGAGCUUGGAAAGAAAUUAAAAAGCGAUUUGCUGAUGUCUAUUUAUAUUGAUAGAUUCGAAAAAAGAGAACUCACUUUAGAAAACAUACAUAGAACGAUCAAAUUCAGUAAGUACAUUGGAUAUGACAGCAAGAUAUUUGCCUUUAUAUGCCAAAAGAUUAAUUCUAUUGAUACAGAUGACCUCAGAGAUUCUGUUAUUGUGGCAGGCUUUGAUUUUGCAGAACGAUUAAUGACUCAUUUCAAAUAUUGUAACAUUAGUUCAAAUGAUUUAAUAUUUUCUAUUGUCAAUAAAGACCAUUCAUUUAUUGAUAUUCUAUCUAAUCUCAAUGCCAAAUACAUUGAAAUUGAAGAUAUUUAUGAAUCGCUCAAGACAUUUUCAAUAAUAGAUGACAAAGAUUUAAAGAAAAAUAUUCAAUCAUUAAUUAUCACAAAAUUCAAGACAUUUCAAGAUGGAAUUGAAGAUAAGGAACAAGAAAUUAAAGAAUUAAAAGACAAAAUUACAACGUUACAAGAAAAAUAUACUACAACAUUCAAUGAUUUAACUAAUCUUAAAGUGGAAAAUAUGCAACUUAAAGAAGAUAACUCAAAACAAAGUGAUGAAAUAACAAAAUUGAGGAGAAGAAAUAAUCAUUUAUGCAUAGAAAAAAAGAGCAUUGGUGAUGAACUGGCUAAUAUGAGAAUUGAAAAAAAGCAACUUUUAAAGGAUUGUUCAAUUCUAAAAGAAAAAAUUGAAAAGUUGAAAAUUGAAAAAGAACAACUAAAAAAUAUUAACUCAAGUCAGAGCGAUGAAAUAACAAAAUUGAAGAGAGAAAAUAUACAACUAAGCUUGGAAAAAAAGAGCAUUGAUGAUGAAUUGGCUAAUAUGAGAGCUGAAACAACACAACUCAAAAAUUUUAACUCAAAUCAUAAAGAAAAAAUAGAAAAAUUGAAAAAAGAAAAAGAGCAACUCAAAAAUGAUAACACAUGCCAAUGCAAUGAAAUAACAAAAUUGAGGAGAGAAAAUACACAGAUUAGCUUGGAAAACGCAAACAUAAAGGAUAAAUUAAUAAGAAGAGAAAAAGAUAAUAUCAAGAUUCAGAAAAAAGGAAAGAAAUUGCAAAAAUUCAAUCGGAUAAAACAGAAUUAA